AUGGAUUGGAAAAAUCCGGAGCGCCGUCGCAAGAUAGUGACAUAUGGCAAGUCAUCGCACAAUCAACCUGAACACAAUCGACAACCGGCACGAUCCUACUUGGGACCAGACGAACGCGAUACCAAUGGCUUAAAUGCGCCAUUGCGAUCUGAGCUUGAAUCACGACUGCAGACGUCAGAUAAUCAUCAUGCGUAUAAGAAGGAAGAACUUAAAGACAGGAAUCUCAAAGAAAAGAUGCCUUCCAAGCCUGACACUUCCGCUCAAGACAGCCAGCGUAACUUGAGGUCUCCGAAGCGGCGCAAGGUUGCGGUUGAUAGUGGCACGCAAAAUGUCGACGAUAUCAUCAAGCCUCAAUCUAAUAUUACAGCAAAUGAUACCCAUAGAGCUUCGUCUUCACGGCUACGUGCAAGCCUAGACAAUACGAUUACCACCGAUAAACAGGACACCGGGUCUGUCAAGUCGUCGCUACGUACUUAUUCUAAACCUUUAGGAUCUAGUACUCGGUCGAAAGGUUAUGAUACUAGAGCUGUCAAGUCAACUGGGCCCUUACCAGGAUCGAUGUCUCCAUCGAGUAAUAAAACCCCUGGCCUACUCUUUAAUAAAAUAGACUCUCAGUCGGAGUCGCAGCUUUCCCAGCAGAAAAGGGUUCAGAGACGUGGAUCAUUUAGUACAACCCCUGCGCAAAACGGUAUCGGCACCCAUACAGAUGAAUCCAGAACGCGAAGACGCCUUGUGGAUUCCCUCGGCUCACACGAUAUUCAAGAAGACGAAGAUACGUCCAGUGAAACUGACCCUGUGUACCGUCCGGCCACCCCGGACUUAGCGACCGAAGCUCCUAGUACUCCAAUUAACUCUGAGAGUCAAAGUUGGCAUGCUAUUUACGAGGAGCCUAGGGCGCGAUGCCUUGCCAAUGACGUGGCCGAAAAUACUGCCUCUCCUCAGACAAGCAGCCCAAAGAUCACAUAUGCCCGACAACGAUCAUUUCUUAGUAACAUUGAUUCUAAUGGUAGUCUGGGGGUUGAUAGUCAACUGAACAUUCAUGGCGAUGUACAUGCUUCGUCGAUGCUGCAAAACCCAGCUGCAAGUGCAGAAGACGAACAUCCAGAUGCCAGUUCUGUGCGAAGUAUCCACGAAUUGAGACGAGCCGGAGUGAAUGCUCGUUUUCAGGGCAUCGUAGAUUCCAUUCUUGAAGAUAUCGAGGAGGUUUCCAAUCCCCUUUCCGUUCGAAGAAGUGGCCUUAUUCAACUAUGUGAGAAGCUAUUUGAAGAUACGUUUGCACAGCGAUUUAUUGAAUAUGGAGCUGCUUCGCGUCUGGCAAAUUCGAUGCCUGCGAAACAAGAUGUGAUCUCGGCUCUUCUUUCUAUGGAGGCUUAUGCUUUAAUGCUUCGACUGAGUCAUCUGCCUUCAAGUCUUUACCUAACUUUCUGGCCAAAAAUUGUCGCUACAGCCCCCACUUUGCUUUCCAUACAGGAAGGAAUUUCGAAGCUUAUUGUACAACGGCGUUUUGGGCUUUCUAGGGUCAACCAAGCAACUAUAAACGACGUCUCGGUCCGAUCUGGGAAAGUCACUGGCUUGGACCAUGCGUCCUCACCUCUAUCACCGCAGCGAUUGAUACUGCAUUGUAUGCAGUUAACUAUUCGGAAAUUGCGAGAUGGUGAUGCUGCAGACGUUCUACCAGUGGAAAUAGUAUCUAAGCUGGUAGACCUACUAUUGGCGCUUUCUGGGCAUGCAAGUGGACAUAUGACCGACCAGCAUGUUAUCUCAGAGAACUACGACAUUUUUGAAAGUAUAAUUUCAAUAUUAGAAAGUUAUACAACAUCUUCGAUCUCUAUCGGUGACGCCCAGCAGGACGCCUUGACAUCACUUGCUGCUUCUAGUCAAUUUCUGUCCUGGUUGAGCGAAGAGACCGAUGCGCGGUGUUUCCAGCUUUUAACACUGCACCUGAGGCUCAUUUUGAACAUUACGAACACGAAUUCCCAAAUAUGCGAACGAUUUGCUACACCUGACCUCAUAAAUAGCCUAGUUAUGAUUGUUCUAUCAAGUUAUCCAGGUGCGACAGGAGAUAACAUCAAUGAGAAAAAGGACUCUCUCGACAUCGUGAUUUUGGCGUUAGGAGCGUUGAUAAAUUUAACAGAAGAGAGUGAGGCUGCUAGGCAAAGAAUUUCUAGUCAACACAAAGGGACUAGAACAUUACUUGCACAUCUCCUUGCAGUGUUCACUGAAGGUCUGGAUACAGUAUCUGAGGCUGAUUCGGUGGGCCAAACUCAUUCCAAUGUCGCAUUUGGAUAUCUCUCUAUUCUCCUUUGCACGAUGUGUCUAAACUACGACGUGCGCGUCGCUAUCAAGAGCUCACUCAAUGGCACUGGUCUAAAUAGACUUCUUGCCACUGUAGAAGAGUUUCUUCAUUAUCACCGCAAGGUUGAUGAAGAGCUCUCUCAGUCACAAGCUUUGGGAGAGUUUACACUCCGGCUUGAAAGGAUUUUGAAUCAAAUUCGAGAUAUUGGAGUGUAG